CAAAUCAACAGCAAACCAGAAUGGUAGACGUUUUUUAUGAAAUGUAAUGAGAUAAACAAGACAGGCUUGAAGUUUUUAUAGUUAUAAGUCGCAAUAAAGGCCGCAUUUUUCGUUUGGAUAGUGUGAAUAAUAAAUAUGUGGAGGCUGAAAACUAUCCAUCACAAAGCAAGUGCAUCUGCCAGUGAUUUGGAGGAGUUUAAACGCAAGAGAAGAGAAUUUGAGAAAGCUCUUAGACAGGCUCGGAAAGAUAGACAGCUGAUCAGUAAGAGACUCCUGCAGAAUGAUGCUGAGGAAGAAGAGAAGGAGGAGGAAGUGUCUAUGGAAACAGGCUUUACUUCUCUGUCAUCUGAACAGGUGAAAGAGAUGAUACGUGGAGUCCAGAUGGGCGGUGAGGAGAAAGCAGCUCAUCUGGCAUCUCUAAGAAAAGCACUAAGAAACCCAGAGACUCAACUUGCUUUCAUUAAAUCAGAGAACAGCAUGCACAUGUUGAUCGGGCAGCUCAGUGCUCAUAAUGCUCAGUGUCAGUUGGAAGCGGCUCGCUGUCUCCACCAGCUGUCCCACUCUUCUCAUCCCAGUGUUGGUCAGGCCUGUGUGCCAGCCGGCCCGUACCUACUCACCUACCUCUCCAGCCAAAGCACACAACUAACGGAAGUUUGUUUAUACACUCUGGGAAAUCUGUGUCCUGACAACGCUGUGGUUAGAGAGAAGCUUCUAGCUCAGGGAAUAGUUUCUGCAUUAGCAAACUGCAUUCAUAAUCAGAGGUAUAAUCUGGCAGUGGUGGAGGCGUUCGGCUUCACUUUAUCCCAGCUUCUACAGGCCAAAGACGCAACAGAAAAAAUCAUCCCAGCGGUCAUGGCUUCAGGAAUAGUCCCUCAUGUGAUCUCAGCGUUGACUCCGGAUCCUGAGUUUGGAUUCGGUCCAGCCAUUGAGUGCUCGUGGUGUCUGCACUAUUUAGUCAGCAGCAGUCUGGAUAACUCUAUGCUGAUUGCUCAUGGCGCCCUCUCACACUGCACUGCUGUUUUGAUCGCACUAGGAGGCGCUGUUGCACAAGGAAACUUACAGGAUGGAUUGGAACUGCUCAUCUGGCCUCUUCUCCGUUGUCUUGGUAACCUGCUGGCUAGUGGAGGUGAUGUCAUACCAGAGGACACGCGUCUCCUGGCGGCACUGUGUGUCUUCAGUCAGAUUUACCUUCACCUUCACCCUGCUCUGUCCAGUGAGAGCCUGUGGACACUCAACAACCUCACCGCUGGUUCAAGUGGGUUUUGUUCUGGGCUGCUGCUUCUAAAUAUGGUUUCCAUAUUGAUCCAAUUUCUGUCUUUCUCUGGAGGAAUUAACUCAAUGGCAUUGAGAGUUUUAGGUAAUAUCGCCCAUCACGGACCAGAAUACUGUGUUGGUUUGACACAAGCGGGGCUGCUCAGCGCUCUCUGUGCCACACUCAAGAUGGCCGACCCAGAGGUGGUCACCCUCAGUCUGGAAGUGCUGUACAUGCUGGUAUCCAGCAGCCCACAGGGAGUUGAAGAGUUCAAGAGGUUAAAUGGCGUUCCUCUGCUAGAAGCAAUUCAGUAUAACAAUGAAGGAGAGCAACGUGUCAGAGCGGCUUAUAUACUCGAUCACCACUUCCCUUCUUUCUCUGAGGUGGAGAGCCUGUAAUCAUAACAUGGGGUUCUAAUGACAAAUUGCAAAGAUUUUACUGACAUUUCAUUAAGAUUUUUUUGUAUCUACAGUAUUCAUGAAUUGUGAUUUUCAUUAGUGAGCAGUGAAUAAAUGAUAGUUUUGCUUA